AACUAGGCUAUGUGACGAAUACACACUACGUCACUUCCUGGAUCCCGCAAGGCGCUAGCGUUGUUUACAGCAACUGUUGGCGUGCGUGCCCGCCAUGAAUUGCCUAGGGAGCUGCAGCCUUGCGCUGCUUUAUAGUUGCCUGCUUUUGGGAACGUACAGCCUCGUCACCGACAGCCCCAGAGAGAAUGCGCACACCGAACCGACUAAGACCGAGGCCUUGGAGACUACAGCGGGUCCUCUGCUGCCUGACCAUGUGACAGACAAUCUGACCAAUGACAGCGAGAGUUUACCUAUGGCUACAAACACACCCGAGGUUCUGGACCCAACCAAUAUUGACAGGCUUUGUGUUUGUGACCUACUGGUUGCCCACUGUGAUGUCAACUGCUGCUGUGACCCUGACUGCAAUGCUUCAGAUAUCAGUGGAUGCCUGUCCAGCAAAAUGCCUGCAGAGACAGCCUAUACAGAAGCACCUGAGAUCCCAGUCUUGGAGGGACUUGUACCAACUGAAAACAGCACGGACCCUAGCGGAGUUGAGGAUUCCGAAGUCAUAGAUAUUGACGUUAAAUCUUCUCCAGUUGAUAAUGAGUUAACAAGAAGCUUUGGCUCCACAGACCAACCAGGAGCUCGAGCUCUUCCCUCUCCAGUCACUAAUGUUGCUAGUCUCUGUGUUUGUGACCUGCUUGUGGGCCAGUGUGAUGUCAACUGUUGCUGUGACCCUGACUGCACUACCUCUGACUUCAGUUUAUUUUCUGGAUGUUCGAUUCCUGUUGUCACAGUAGACAGUCAGUUAUGUACACAAGAAACUGUACUGUACUCCAUCAAUGCCUCGAAAAGAGUCGUCAGCACAGUUGAGCGAAUCAAUCCAAGUAUUUUCUGCAUCCAAGCAACCAACUAUCCACCAGCCUUAUCCUAUAUUACUCCUGAUGUUCCAACAGUGAGUAACUUUGAUAGUUUGCUUGCACAAUAUGGCAGAAUAUCAUUUGGCACAACCAAUGGCGUACAGAAUUUGUUUGUUCCCUCUGCCACAAGAUAUGAGUAUGGAUCUCCUAUAUUAACUGCCGGUGCAUAUCUAACCCUUCCUGCUCCGCUUGGAACUAAAGAAUGUACAGAUCGCAACCCUGUGGGUUUCCUUGUGAGCCAGGAUUCCACAUGUAGUUGGAAUGUGCCACAAAACAAUUGUUCAGUCCCUGCAUUGACUCUUGCCACUUACACGAAUGUGAGGAUUUUGGCUACACCAAAUUCUGGAAACGAGAUUAAUAUCACAGUACAGUCCUUAACAAAGAAGUCUAUCAAUGGGAUCUUUAUCCCGAGUGUUAUAGAUAAUUAUGUGCCCGUUUUGGACAAUACAACAGGGCUUUGUAAAGAUGUCGUUUUGGGGGGGAGUUACCAGAUCCUAUACACAGAACUAGGAGAAAUAACAGCUGUAAAUGCUUUUCUUACAUUGGGAGUAAUUGACUCCACUCUGGGACCAGUUCAGCAGAAUUUUAAAGUUUCUUUUGUUCAGGACGGAACGUUCCCAUCUCCUCUCAGUGGGAACCCUGGCUAUGUUGUUGGAUUACCAGUCGUUGCUGGCUUUAAGGAGCCACAAUCAGGCAUUAUUCAGAGCACAAACAGGUUUGCCCAGCUAACUAUUCUAAGGAGCUCCGCUGCCCAAAAUUGUCUGACAGAGGAAGGCAACAGGGCAACAGUGCUAUUUGGGUACAACAUGGUGUCAGGCUGUAAGCUGCAAUAUCCUGUACCAUGUCAAGUUGCAGCAGCUGCUAUCCUGAAUGUACUGAGAGGGCAACAGUUUCCAGAGUAUGUGGCUUCCUUUGGGAAUUCUCAGCCACAGAAUGUGUUGGACUGGGUACCAAUUACUGUUGUCACUUCUACAUUACCACAAAGCGCAACGGCUGAUUGCAAAAUCCCAGUUUCAUUAGACCUAGAAGUGAGAUGGACUAAAUAUGGAUCCCUGGUAAAUCCUCAGGCUCAGAUUGUUAAUGUUAUGGAAAAGAUAACGUAUGCUUUUGUCCAGAACACUAAUUCAGGAAGUGGAAAUGUGCAGAUCUCUACCUCCGUCACCUUCCUCGACGUGUCUGCGUCUGCACAACCUGGUUACAGAGCUCCACCAACCAUUGAUGCUACGCUGCCCUUUGAUUUCUUCCGGCCUUUUGUAUAAAAUUAGUCAGUUGACUUCAGAGUACAUUUGGCUCACGGUAUCUGAAGCGUCUACCAAAACCCGAAACACUGGACUGAUAUUUAUACGAUUCACAUUUUUGGUUGGACGUGGGUAAAGUUUGUUUGUUUUUUUUAAACUUCUGUAAAUGUGUAAAAAUCAAUUGUAUUUAUCUACUUUUGUAAUAAAGAUGAUUAUUGAUA